UGUGCAAUUAUUCUUCAAUAAUCAUCACCAAAGUAGCAAAAGUAACACCAUCCCUUAACCCAGCUCAGAAAAUGAAAGUAGAGAAAACUCUCAUAGUCUCAUUAAUUCAGCUCUGCAGAUACGUAUGCUUCGCAACGAUAGACAUCAACAUACCGGAACUCCACUAUUUAGCAGACCAUUUAACAUCUGAGGAAUGCAGAAAAUUGGUAGCAGCGGCACAUUUCAAGAACUACGAACUCCCGAAUGCUCUCUCCGAGGCCGAAUUGAAAGUUACCAAGGAUUUAUCUUGCUUCGAAUUACUUUUACACUGGAACUCCUCUCCAGGUGAAGGGAAAGGAAAAACCCAUGAAAUUUUAGAGCACAGGUUGCGGCAACUGGGAAAACACAAAUUGGCCGACAAGUUCGGGAAAACCGUGUUCGAAGAGAUCGGUAAGGAUUUGAAAAACGCUCUGGAGGAUGGCUUGAAGAGCUCGGAUAACGACAGUACAACUUUGGAGACUUUCGAUGAUGCUACUGUCAAAUAUGAAGAUCCUACGGAGUGGACACCGAUGGAUAGUAUCAUGUAUUGUCUUCUGUCUAUUCUUAUAAUUGCGUGUGUUUGUGCGUGUUGCAUCGUUUGCUUUGCGUUUUGUCGAAGGAAAGUAAGCGAGUUUAGAAAAAGACCUCCUAAAACGUACAAGAAAAUCGAGCUGAGUGAAACUUCUGAUACAGAAUCGGAAGAUAAAUUUGAUAUUCGAAAUGCGAAUGUUUACAUGUUCACGGACUGAAAUUUGAGAACAUUGAUAAUUUUGUUAAUUCUCGGGCUGCUACAAUUUUCACAUUCACUCCAUAC